AUGUCGCUGGCGGAGACUGAUAUGCUGACGGCCACCUUGGAGGCUAUCCCUCGGGGUGAACUGCGCCGGCUGGUUUCUGUUGCUAAGGAGAUCCUUGAAGAGGACGAGCACAGCGAUGCCGAGUCGUCUGCCCCCACUGUGCUUUCUGACUGGAAAGCACCUGACCAAGGUGGUGAUCUGCCGUCGGCUGUCGACACUGACCUCCUGGGCCUUGGGACUGACGGUGGCAGUGGUAUGCCUGGUUCCGCGUCUGACGCAGGACCUGCUGUUCUUGCUGCUGAAGGCGGGGCUGACACCACUGCCGUUCCUGACUCUGGCGGUCUGUCAGCAACUGUACCUGCUGGCCUGGAUGACCACGAGAGCGACGACGAUGAUGACAUCAAGCCGCUGCCAGAGUGGGAUCAGGGGGAGCCGAGUUCUUCUGCCGAGCCUGCGGUGCCUGUCACUGAUCCUGACCCUGCCGUCGCUGGUGCUUCGCCCAGCCUUCUUGCAGGGGCACCGCCUUGGCUUCAGGAGCUCGACCUCAACACCAUGGACGAUGAUGCUGUGCCCCCUGGCCGUCCAGCGGCUCGGGCACCGACUGUGGCUGCCCCUCCUGACCUCUCUGCACCACCUGAUGGAGCUGAGGGACAGGCGGUUCCUGAUCCACCCCCGACCUGCCGGUUGGAACUCAGUGGAUCUGCCGAGCUGCCUUACUUGUGCGCCGUGGAUGUCCUGCAGGGCUUGGAGAUUCCCAGCCACGUGCUGCCCCUUCGCUUCCCGCUGCAGCGGUUGCCGAAGGUCGUCUGUUUUCUCCUGACCCUCUGCCCCGCUGUCCUCGGCUUGUGCCUGGACUUGCCCUCAGUACGCUGGUGCGAACUGUUUGAGCUGGCCUUGUGGCACUGCUGUCAACCUGCCUCGCCCCAGUACGGCCUGACUCAACCCAUGAUCACCAGCCUGGCUGACGCUGGAAUCAAGAGUUACUCGUCUCUUCUUUUCUCAGUGGCCAGUGCACCUGGCGCUGUUGACGAGACUCGACUGAAGGCUACUCAGCAGAAACACCUUGGCGACAACCCGUCGGAAGGCACACUGUCGGCCUUUGCCAGGCUCCUGUUUGAGGCGGGGACGUUCGUCGUCGCAGAGCUGCGUAGCUCGGUGGCCGGUGACGACGACGGCACCAGGAAGCUGACGCACCAAGAACGGUCCAGCAGGAUGUCCACUCUGAGGGCAAAACUGGGCGCGUGGCCAAUCUCAGGGUCAUUCGAGCCAAGUAACGCGCUCAUUGAUCUGGCGUUCUCCAUGGUUGCUGACGGAGCUGUCAAGUACCUGGCACCAAGUAAGUGCAGCAGCCGUGAGGCUGAAGUGGUCUCUGACAAGAAGGAUGAGACCUUGUUCAGGUUAGAGGCGGCGUCCUUCAAGGCAGCUCGCAAGCCCCCUAACUUCAAGGUCGAUGUUAGUUCUGAAUUGCGGCUUUACCAAGCCUUCUCCCGCCGCGGAGUGGCAUUGGAAGUGGCGAACAUCUGUUCGUUCGCGGCUCACGAGUCGUACGUGCGCGGUUUGUUUGAACACAUUCAGCGCAUGGCGCCGCCAGGAUACACAGCACCAGGGAUCGACGCUGUCAUCUCUGCUGACCGUGCUGUCUGGCAGCAGGUUGCAACUCAGGUGCCCUGUCUGCCUGCUGUUGACGUGGUUGCCACUGUUGACUCUGCCCUGUCUGCCGCUGCUGCCUCGCCCUCAGUUGCUUUUCACGUUCUGCCUCGUGAGCGCAAGCGUGUUUUGGACGACCCCCCCAAGCCACCACUGAAGCAGCCUUACAAGGGCGACGGCAAAGGAGGCAAGGACGGCAAAGGCGGCAAGACCGGGAAGGGCAAAGACAAGUUUGGCAGGCCGGGCGCUGGCAAGGACAAGACAGGCUCUCCGUCCAAACAGACUGCCGUCCCUGCCGCCCUCAAGGGCCUUGACCCUAACCGGGACGGAACCCCCCUCUGUUUCGACUGCAACCUCGCUCACGGUUGCAAACGUGAGACGUGGGACACCGCCAAGGGGAAGCAGUGCGAGCGCGAGCCUCGGAUGAUCCCAGCUUCUGAGCAUCCCUGCCAGGAUGCCGAUGCACACCAUGACUCUGCCAGUGCUGCGUCUGCCUCAGCUGUGAACCAGCACCCGGUCCUUAAGCUGGACCUCUUGUCACGUUCUGGCGUUUCUGUCCUUUGGGACAUUCUCCAGUCAGGAGUCGGGAAUCGGCUGGACGCUGGAGAACCCAGCCAGCAGUCUGUUUUGGGCCACGAGUCACGCUCCCAGACGGCUCUUGGAGCACUUCUGCAGAAGCGGCAUACCCGAUGCCUCUCUGCCGUUUCUGGGCCGCCAUGA